AUGACCAUCAGCCAACCUUCAGCAUGUCUCCGAUUCGUUCAACGCAUAUGUCGCGGCUUCCAAUCGUUCUCAGGCCAUGACUCUGUCACUAUCCAUCAGCUUCAAAUCAAUAAAGCCACUCCCGGGCGGAUUUCAGGCUCUUUUCAGAUCGGUUCUCACAACCUCAAUCGCCUCGGAACCCUGCAUGGCGGAUGUAUUGCAACAUUGACCGACACAAUAGGUUCGCUUGCUAUCGCUUCCAAAGGCCUCUAUUCGACAGGGGUGAGCACAGAUAUCAACACAACUUACGUCAAGUCUGGUGGAGGGAAAGGCGAAACGGUGAAUGUAAACGGUCAGGUGGUUAGUAUGGGCAAGACGCUGGCUUUCACUAGAAUGGAGAUUCGACAUCCCCUUACAGAUGCAUUGUUGGCCUAUGGCUCACAUACAAAGUUCAUCGGUAGGGCGAUGGGCCAUCCUGAGAACGUCGAAUUCGAUCAAGAGGGAUUGCAAGUGGUACAAGGGAAACAGCCAGAAGAGUGGGGUGAGGAACACAGCAUCUAA